AUGGACUCUACCACGACGAUUGACGUCUCGAUGUACGACAACCAACUCCAAUGCCCGCUCUUCGGGAUCUUGCCGGGCGAGAUCCGCAACGAGAUCUUUGCGCUGGCGCUGGUGCAGUUUUCGGAGGAGGAGGGGGGCGCGGCGUACCCGAAGGACUCGUACUGGUAUCGGCCCGGGUUCACGGGGCCUAGGAAGAGCAGUAGCAGUCUGCUGAGGGCGUGUAAGUUGGCGUAUGUGGAGGGGCAGAAGGUCUUUUUGAGGGAGUUGGAGUGGGCAUUUUGGUUUGACCGCGGCCCGGCAGGAAGGACAAGAAACCACGCCUGCGAGAAAUUCUUCUCCGACCUGACGGAGCAACGGGCGCGCGACCUGAACAAGGUGCGCUUCUUUACGCAAAUGUACUGGCUCGAGGACGGGCGGAACCUGGCGAGGCUGUUUGCGCAGCCGAAAUUCCGGCCCGAGGUGUUGACGAUCACGGUGCGGUAUUCGGAUUGGUGGUAUUGGGAGAGCGACGAGCCGUUGCGGAUGAAGGAGGAUUGGUUGCGGGGGUUCCGGGGGCCGAGGGGUCUGAGGGAGUUGAGGGUCGAGUAUGAGACGCUUGUGGGGAAGAGGGAGGAGAUGAUGAGGAUUGUGGGGAGGAAUAAGGGGUGGAAGUUGGUUGUUGGGGGUAGUGCUAGGAGGGAUGAUGGGAGGGGAUGGAGGGAGAGGGAGAGGGAAGAUGGAGGGGAGAAGGGGGAAGAGGAACAGGAGGAGGAAGAAGGGUAUUUGAGUGCCGAGGGGACGGAGCUGGUGGAGUGGACUUGGAAGGGGGCGAGUAAACUCGGCGGGCAGACGUGGGCUCAUCACGGGGAGGGGGAGACGGUUGAGUAUGUUGUCGUUAUGGAUACGUGGAGAUUUGUCGAGGGGAGGAUGAGCGAGGAGGAUUGGGCGAAGAGGGUGGAGAGCAGGCCGUUACCUUCUGUGUAUGCUCAUCCGCAUAAUUUUUGGUGGAGUGAGGAUGAGGAGGAGGAGGAGGAGGAGGAGGAGGAGGAGGAGGAGGAGGAGGAUGAUGAUGAGAAUUAUAAUGAUGACGAGGAAGAGGAAGAGGAUGACGAUUAA